AUGUCGUCGUGGUGGGACAAAUACCUGGCGCCCGGUGACAUCCGGGCCCGAAAUGUACAGCCGGAGUCUCCAUCCCCAUCCCAAUCCUCUAACGAAACCACCUCUACGCCUGAAAUCCCAACUCGCAUCUCCGCCUCUCAUCGCGCUCGCCGACAAAAUGCCCUGCUCUUCGGCGGUCUGGCCUUCACAUUCCUCUCAGGCGUCAUAACCCGCCGUGCUCUGCGACGGAAACACCUCGCAACCUACCCAUCCCUCACUUCCACCAAAUCCGGAAAUGUCCAGAUCCCCCAUUUCGCGCAAUCCAAUUCCCCACCAAAAGCAGAAGGAGGUCUCGAUGCAGCGGAGGCGCUCUUCAUCGCUACCCUCACCACAACAUCUCUCUUUAUGACAGCGACCGGAGCUUUUAUGAAAUACUUCGAUAUCGCGGAUGUGGAGGAUUUAAGAGAGUUUGUCAGGAAAGGUGUUGGACAGGAUAUCUAUGGAGGAGAUCGGGACGCAGAAGCGGAUCGCGAGAUUGAGGCUUGGAUGGCAGAGGUCUUGGCUCGGAAGGAUGGAGUGGGGAACUUGAAAGAGAGUAUUGUUGAGAAAAUGGCGGAGUUGGAGGCAAAAGAGAAGAAGUCGAAGGGCGAGGAGGGGGGAGUGCUGGAAAGGGUGAAGCAGAUGCAGAAGGAGAAGGGCGAUAGAUGA